AUGGAGGCUCUGCUGGGGCAGGUGGAGCAGCUGCCCGCGCUCCUGGCUGUCUCCCGCUCCCCGCUCGUGCGGGACUGGGACUCCCUGACGCUCGACAGGGCUCUAGAGUGGGCUCGGUAUUUUCAGCACCUCCACGACCGCUUCCGCCACCGGCCUCGGCUCCGUCAGGCCCUGGGGCUGCGGCUGCGGCGGGGUCAGUCCAGCCCUCUGCUCGGCUUCUCCCACCUGGGACGCUGCCCGCAGCUGCUGGGCCUGGCGCUGCUGGAGAACCGCGCUUUGCCGCCCGCUGCCUGCCGCCGCCUGAUCCACGGCCUGCUGCAGCCUCCCGGCUCGGAGACCGGCUCCCAGCCCCUCAGCCUGACCCUUCUCGCCCGCCGGAAGGCCGCGUCCCGUCUGCUGGCGCUGCCCCCCGGCCCGCCGCGGCCCCCGGAGGGGCUGGGGCCGCGGGUGCAAGCGGAGGCGCAGCUGCUGCUGAGCCGGCUGCGGGAAGAGGGACAGGAGGCCGGGCCGGCGGGGGAAGGCGCGGGGCGGCUGCGCUGGCUGCCCGGUGUGCUGGAGCAGCUCCCCCAGCCCCGGGCCUUCGAGGUGGUGGCGGCGGCGUUGCUGUUGGUGACGCCGGGGAGCGGCGUUGAGCAUGCCGGAGGCUGGGUUUGGUGUGGGAACAGCCUAGACGGAAGCCAGGCGAGUGAAUCAGGAGACGAACGUGUUGCUGAGCACCUGCUUUCUUGGCUGCUGGGGGAUCUGGAGCGAUUUUCUGCCUUCUGCCUUGGGCUCCCAGGUUUCCUUCUUGCCUCCCUUGCUGGUCGCUAUUCCCAGUUAAGCAGACCUUAUCUGGACCUGUUAACCGAGUGGGGAAGCCACUUGCUCUAUGACCCCUUGCAGGGACGGUGGGUUAAAAGUCGCCUUGACAAAGCUGAAUUGUCUUGGGAGGAGCUGAGGGAGCGCUUCAGCUGCCUCUGUCAGGGAUCUUCGCUACUCAGGGGACAGACCCAAGCUGCUCUGAAACUCCUGAAAGCACAGGAUGGAGACUUUAAGGUCUGUGGCCUAAGUGUGUGGACUGACUUACUGAUGGAAUUAGAGAAAGAUCUGAGGAAAGAAGCAGGGCGUUGAUGUGUGAACACAAAAGCGGCAUGAAAACUUCUGAAAGCCAGCAAAUCUGCUUAACACAAUUUGAUAUGAAAGGCAAGAAAACCAUGCCUCACUUUGGGUUGAAAACCAAGUAUUGGUGUGACGGCUAGCUGUGCUGUUUCUGACUGCAUGUGAAGCUUUUCACAAAGGCCUGGUACUUUCUUGUAAUUGCACUGUUAAUUCACUGUAGGAAAUGUUUUCCUUUCCAGUACUUGUUGCUCACCUAAUAAAAUGAAAAAAAAGCAUUUUCAAAUGUAGAAUAAAUAGUUUUCU